UUAAGCAAGCAAGCGUCACAAAUUGGAACCAUGCUUCCUAAAUGUUUGGGUUUCUGCGGUCGGAAACAGUAUCCAACCGUAAUACAAGAGUUGUGCCAUGAAUUUUCUCUCUCUGAUAUUGAGAAAUCGACAAACAACUUUGACCGUAAGAGAAUAAUUGCAAUUUCAAGCUUUGGUGGUAAAGUAUACGAAGGUUGCCUCCAACACCACGAUGGUUCUCAAUAUUCAGUUGCAAUAACGCGAUUGAAUGAAGAUGAUGAAGACAUUGAAGGACGCGACUGGUUUGAGAAAGAAAUAGAGUUGCUCUGUCAGUUUCGUCACCCUAAUUGUGUGUCUCUUAUAGGAUUCUGCAACAACAAGAAAGAGAAGAUUAUUGUGCACGAGUACAUGUCCAAUGGAUCUCUAGAUCAACACAUAGUACGAGGUGGGGAUACAGAAGCACUUUCAUGGAGGAAAAGGAUAGAGAUAUGCAUAGGAGUAGCUCGUGGACUACACUACCUUCACGCCGGACUCAAGCGCACCAUUAUUCACCGUGACGUUUGUCUCAGAAACAUUCUUCUGGACAGCCACAUGGAGCCAAAACUAGCAUCUUUUAAUCAUUGAACUUAACACAAAUUGUUUUGUUGAGUUACAUAUUGAAACUUAUCAAAGGAAUUUAGGUUCUUUUCAUGUAAGGAAUUAGGGUUUUUGACCAAUUUGAUGAUGGAAGUUAAUAUUCAAAUUCAAAUUAUUUGAUCGAAUAUAAUAUUGUAAGA